UGUGCAACUGUAUUCAGCGGUACAACCCGUACAUGCUAUUCCGAGCGCAGCGCCAACUUGUCGUAUCUAUACUUUCAGGAUACUCUUACGAUGAUGCCAGGUUCAAGCUGUUUUAUACGAGUUUAUUAUGAUUUAGGAUCUAAACGGGUUUUUUUAGUCGAACUAUACGGUCUGGACGAUGAUGAUGAUGAUACCGGCUGUUCCGUAUCUACAAUCGGCUAUAACGGUAUGAUAAAUGCAACAUGCGUAUGCAAUUCAGAAGAUAACUGCAAUUCGCUGUCUUUUCUUAUGAUCGAAUUGGAGAAAAUGGCGUAUAUGUCAGGGAAAGAAAAACAGACUAAAGCGAUUCUCCGCGCAAUUCGCAAGCAAUUGGCAUUACCAGGAAAUAAUGAUUUUUUACGACAGGAUAGAACAGUCACUUACGUGGUUGUUGUGUCCAUUUGUUUGUUAUUGCUAAGCAGUUUUGCACAUAUUGCCAGUAUUGGACCAAUAUUCUUCGUAAAGAAGGGGAAAACUCAAUAG